AAUUAUCGAGUUUCCAGCAAAGUGUCAUAUUUUUGCCAAGUCGGCUGAUUUCCACGAAAACUCCCUCAAAUGGCUGUUAAAAAUUUCCAUAAAUUCCUACUAGUGGUGGGAUUUGUGUCACUGAUUCAUGUAGCCUAUUCUGCAGCGCAACACAGAACAUACCUGAGAAUCACGGAACAGGAGUUCAAUUCCCUGCCAUUUGAUAUUGUGCUGCAGGCUGUGGUGAGCCUGAUAGUGCUGGUGUAUAGUAUUCUGCAAGUAGUCGGUGAGUUCCGUGAAAUCCGGGCAGCUGUAGAUCUGCAAGCCAAGUCCUGGGAAACGCUGGGCAACAUCCCCUCAUUCUACAUCUUCAACCACCGCGGAAAAAGCCUUUCCGGUCAGUACGAUGACAGCGUGGAGACGAGCGUCGACUGAGGCGUCCGGGAAGCCCCCCUUUACUCCGGAAUCUAUUCGAAUGUAAGGAAUCCAAUUAAUUGAAUUAACACCAAAGGCGAAUGCGGAGGGAAAAGUUUUUAAUUUCAUU